AUAUCCUAUAAGCUUCAAUUGGAAAAUGUUUUCAUUCCGUUAUCGUGUGAAUGAAUUUCUCAAUCUAGAUAACUUUUCAUUAAGUUCUUUAGCAGAUUCCUUUAGUGUGGUGGAUGGCAUUAAAUGGAAUAUUUUCCUGCUUGUUUUUCCAUUUAUUUUUGCUGUAGAACUGUCAUAAAACGAUUCUAAACUACUAGUAAAUGCCAAUGAGUAAAGAACAAGCGAUUGGUUGAUUGGCUCAUAAUUGCUGAAAGUAAAAAGUGUCUACGUUUAGUCAAAACAUUUUUCGCUCUUUAUCCGCACGAUCAGGGUGAAUUUAUUCUAAAAACUGGAUACAGUUACUACAGUUUUUAUUAGCUUGAUUUUGCUGUAUGUAUAUUUUUUAAUUAAUAAAAUUGUUUAAUUUCAGCUUCAACAGUAACUGCAGAAAAUCCAAAUGCUCUUGCAACUAUCCUUGCCUUCUUGUUAGCAAUCCUCAAUACUCCCAUAAAUGUUGGCCUGAUUCUUGGUCGAAGCAAAAAUCUCUGUUAUUAGAGGAUAGUUGUGCUAAUGAAGUUGAAAACUCUAGUGAAGUGCUAGGAAGAAAGUAAGAACUAUUAGAAUAAUUUGUCAAAGGAUAAUGAUUGGUGUCUAAACUUAAGUACAAGGAAGUAAAAUAAAUUUAAGUAACAAGUAGAUCUAUGACUUUUCCACUUGAAAAUUGAAACUAAAGGUAUCUUAUGUCGUCAAGCACCAAGCUUCACUGCUACUCCCUCUAUCUACCAAGACUGUGCAACAUGGGGGAUGGCAUGCUUUUAAUAAAAUGAUAGGUAGACUGUGUACUUAAAAGAAUUUAGAGCUUCCACUUGAAGUGAGGAUGUAUUACACAAAGACUGACUGGGGUUUGAUGUUAAAAGUAAGCAUAUACAUACUCUAACCAAAUAAUGUAAUAGUGUUGGGUAGUUACUAGUAUUAAUUAUGCUUUACUGAUACAAUCAUUCAAAUGAGCAAAGUUCAGAAUCUUCAGAGCUUGAAAAACCAAAGCUGUUACAUUUUUGUCUUGCUUUCGUGUUUCAUUUUGUUUCUUAGUGGUGAGAAUUAUGUUCAAACACAUGGCUGAGCAUUGUAAGUUGAAGGCUAACUUGUUAAAUCUUUUGUUGAGAAAGUUAACUUAUUUAUUCUAAGUAAGAAGUGGGAGGAGUGCACGUUUAUGUACACAUUAUCAUAGAGGACUGACAGGGGAACGGACGGUCAAGCGAUUGAGGUUAUCAAAAGCCUUGACAGUACCAGAAACUACCACUAUAAUUGAAGCUUGUCGCCGGAUGGCUGCCCGUAGGGUUGAUGCUUUACUGCUAACCGAUUCAAAUGCAUUAUUGUGUGGAAUCCUGACAGAUAAGGAUAUAGCUAUGAAAGUCAUUGCUCAUGAUCUAAAUCUUGAGGAAACUCCUGUGUCUAAGGUCAUGACUAGGAACCCAGUAUUUGUGCUUUCUGAUAAUCUUGCUGUCGAAGCGUUGCAAAAAAUGGUUCAAGGAAAGUUUAGACAUUUACCAGUUGUUGAAAAAGGAGAGGUGAUUGCUUUACUUGACAUAGCAAAAUGUUUGUAUGAUGCUAUUGCUCGUUUGGAGAGGGCAGCUGAGAAGGGAAAAGCGAUUGCAGCUGCUGUUGAAGGCGUGGAGAGACAUUGGGGGACCACAGUUUCUGGCCCGAACACAUUCAUUGAGACACUUCGAGAGCGAAUGUUUACACCCUCUGUGUCCACUAUAAUUCCUGACAACUCAAAGAUUGUUACAGUAGAUCCAAGUGACACUGUGCUAGAGGCUGCAAAGAAGAUGUUUGAAGUUCAAGCAAGCUCUGCCAUUGUAAUUGUAGAAAACAAACCACGAGGAAUACUUACUUCAAAAGACAUGCUGAUGAGGGUCAUAGCUCAAGAUCUUUCUCCAGGAUCUACUUUAGUGGAGAAGGUGAUGACACCAAAUCCAGAGUGUGCUACUGUAGAUACUCCUAUUGUUGAUGCACUUCAUACCAUGCAUGAUGGGAAAUUUUUGCACCUUCCAGUUGUUGAUAAAGAAGGAGUGGCAGUAGCUGUUCUCGAUGUUCUUCAUAUAACUCAUGCUGCAAUAGCCACAGUUGGAAGUACUGCAGCAGUCAAUGGAGAGGCCACAAACACCAUGCUGCAAAAGUUCUGGGAUUCUGCAAUGGAACUAAAUCCAGAUGAUGAUGAUGAGACCCGGAGUGAGAAUUCCUUGAAAUUUCCUUCUGAUGCGGGAGAUGGCGGACGAUCUAUUGCUUAUUCUACUUCCACCCCCAACUCGUUUGCUUUCAAAAUUCAAGAUGGAAAAGGAAGGAUGCAUAGAUUCUUAUGUGGUACACAGAGUUUGACCGACCUUAUAGCAGCCAUCCUUCAGAGAUUAGGAGAUGAAAUUGACCGUGACAACCUUCCUCAUAUUCUGUAUGAAGAUGAAGACAAGGACAAGGUUGUGCUUGCAUCUGAUAAUGAUCUUCAAGCAGCUGUAGAUCAUGCCAGACUAGCUGGUUGGAAGGGAUUGAAAUUGCAUUUAGAGUAUACCAGUGCAGCACGUCCUCGGAUGGGAUCCAAGUCAAAAGGUAUGGAAUAUGCUCAAGCAGAUGCUUGGGCUUCGGCAUACAGCUCUGUGGCAGCUGGGGCUGCCUUAGUUGCUGGUUUAGGCGUUUUAGCAUUCUUGAGGCGACCUGCAAAUUGAUUCGAUAUACACGUUGCUCGGAGAGGUUGAAGAGGAAAGAAACCAGAGUGUGGUUGUGGUAUCUUUUGGUUGCCAUUUGUGAGUAUACCUUAACAUAACAAGAGAGAGUGGAUUGUGUCUUGCAAAAUUACAAUAAGCAGAGGUGAUUAUGACGAAAAAAUUGGUAUGUAUUUUCAUUGAAAAAUUGGAUUUGUAUAUGCUGUAAGUGGAACUGCAUACAUACAGUAUCCAACUUUCUAUUUGUCUCACUUUAAUCAUUUUGGAUUGUAAAAAAUAAUGGAAUUCCAUUUGUUUUAA